AAGAAAUUCGUAUGCUGAAGUUGUACGGCAAGAGAAACCCAUAUUUAACGUUUCCAAAAGAGUCGAGCUUUUGCAGUUCAAUUUGCCUCAUCCUUCAAAUUUUUUUAUAAAUACUCUUCAAUUUAAAAGGCUCUAUUAACAUUCGUAGCCAAAUUUUGGUCUUAUAUGAAGUGAAAGAAGCUUCAUUCUCAAAUUGCGUUUUUUUCAUCCAAUACAUCCAAAAGAUCCUUCUCGGUUCAAUAUGUCUACAGAAAGCUUCCAAAGACGACUCACUGAACAUACAAAUACUCUCAAUGCUUCCAUAGACGGUGCUACACAAACGCUUCUGUCUCGAUUUCAGGAUAUUGCAGAUAUAGCAAUGAACCAAAGAAAGGAUAAACACACAGUAUCAUCAGAAGUAUAUCAAAUUGAGUGUCAUACUCUUUCAAUGAUCCGUGCUGUCGAACAACUAUUGGAUAUCUCAAGACAAUUAAAGUCGUUCUGGUUAUGCAAUUCUUCACCCACUACCGUCCCAAGUUUGUCUUAUAACGAAACAGACUUAGUGGGAUUAAGAACAAAACUGACUUCACUUCAAAACAUUGGACUCGAUGUGAAAAAUUCCCUGGUUAACAAUACAGCCGAAUCUAAUGAGAAGAAUGCAGACAUUACGAGUUAAAAGGUUGUUCCUGAAUGUCUUAUUUGUUUUUCACUUUAUUGUAUAGAAAUGUUUUUCCUUGAACUUAACUACAGGUUUAAUUUUGUUAUACUAACACGGUUUGGAUGACUUGCAGUCUCUAUGUGGUAUUUAUUAUAGAGGCCAUAUUAAUUAAUACUUAUUCCAAAAGACAAACAGAACCUUGAUUUGUAGAAUAGACUAGCUUGUGUGGAUCUUCCAUCCAAGCUAAUUUAGAAACCAAAGAAGCCUCAACCUUGCUCACCAGGUUCCAAGACUUGGAGGCUUUAACAAAUGAAUGAAUGUACAAAUACUUGUCAUCUGAAGAGGCCAUAAGUUGGCAAGUUACAUCCAAUGCAGCUGUGGUCGUACUGGCGUCUGUCGGGACCAUAUGAACUAACUUGGAUUUUCCUAAGUGCCAAAUGGAGAUUCCGUUUUCAUUUGCUGCUGUCACAGCCAGCCAAUAGCCAUUUUCGCCAAAUUGCAGGGAUUGAAUCGAACCAUCUUGGGGACCAAAUUUUGCUGCUUCAGCACCACUCACUGUCUCAAAGAACCGAAUCUCACCGUUUUCUAAACCAACAGCAAAAAUAUGUCCAUCUGGGUGAAAAGAAAGCGCAGUAAUCUUAGACGGGAUAUUAAGAGAAUAGACACUUGCUUUCAUAGAAUAUAAAGUACAGGUCGUAUCCGUAGAUGCAACGAUGUACUUUCCACUUGGAUGAGCAGAUAAUAACAUUACGGUUUCAUUUUCGACAGGGAUUGAAAAUGAAGGUUCGGAG